AUGGAGCAAGUCACAGCAGCCAUCGACUCCUCCAUUCCCACCCUCGCGACCUCCUACAUACCCGCACACCAACCCUCCGAAACAGCAUGGCUGUCACAAGAAGACGUCUGGCAGCGGAUAGAAGCCGGGCGCUCACGGCAACACGAUGGCGGAAAGGAAGGAUGGGGAGAUCUACAGGCCUCGCUCAACAUAGAUGAGCUGGGCUCAACGGGCAAAGGCAUUUUGAUCGGUAUGCUGUCUGCGUUUGGCUCGGCGGCGCUUGUGGCGGCGAUUAUUGCGACGGUCUAUUUCUUCCGGUUCACGAAUAGAGGGAGGAUCUUUUUGGAUCGGAUCGGGAGGCCGGGAGAGUAUGAUGAUGAGCAGCAGUUUUUGCGGGAGGAGGAGGAUGCGUUGGGGGAGAUGGAUGAGAUGCAGAGGGCGGAGUAUUUGAGGGCGAAAGCGUUUGUGCAAGCGAAUCCACCGGAAUCGAUGCAGACGGACAUCUCGUUAUCCCAAUUUCUUGCGAUUCAAGAGAAGGGCGUCUCAGCGUGGGAGUUUGAGCCGGAGCUGGAGAUUGCGAAUUGCUUUGUUGAGGGCAGGACGGAGAUUGAGUUCUUCGACUCGGAGUGCAGCGUGCAGAGCAAUCUACCAAUACCGAAACAGAACGAGGUCUACUACUGGGAAGCGAAGCUCUAUGACAAGCCGGAGUCGACACUGGUUAGCGUGGGAGUGACGACGAAGCCAUAUCCGCUGUUCAGGUUGCCUGGGUUGCACAAGUACUCGAUCGCAUACUCGUCUAGUGGACAUCGGCGGUACAACCAGCCAUUCACCGGGACGAACUACGGACCACCGUUUGUGCAGGGGGAUGUUGUGGGAGUGGGGUACAGGCCGCGAACAGGAACAGUGUUCUUUACACGUAACGGGAAGAAGCUGGAGGAUGUGGCGCACGGUCUGAAAUCACAGAAUUUCUUCCCGACAGUUGGCGCAAAUGGGCCUUGCAAUGUGCAUGUCAAUUUCGGGCAGAUGGGAUUCGUCUUCAUCGAGGCGAAUGUGAAGAAGUGGGGUCUGGCGCCUAUGACAGGCAGUCUUGCUCCCCCUCCACCGUACGGAAGCGAAGCUGGAAGCAUCCUCCUUGAAGGUGGAAGGGAAGGCGUACGAGAGGGCCAAGGCUACAUCCCAGGUCAUGGCCGAACCAACAGCGCACAGAUACGGCUUGGGAGAGGACCACCCGCGCGCAGCCCAGGUCCCGAGCGAUCACCGACAGACAUCUCACUCGCGCAGCUGAACCUUCUCGAAUACCAAGAAGAAGAGGACGAGGACGUCGGCGAAGGUACGAGUGAAGCAGCUAGCAGCCAGCCGCAUCAACAGUACAUCGACCCCGGCCUCCCACUCGAGCCAGCGGAUCAUCCGCCACCCGACUACGAGAGCCCGGAGGACGAUGGGUACGAUGACGACGGGCAUGAUAGCUCAGCUACCACCCCUCGCGCGACCGAGUUUCCACCUUAUCGGGAUGAAUCGCCGAGUCCCAGCCCGCCGAUACCGAGUUAUGAGGCGGCGACGGAGGCGAGCUCGGAUAGGGGGAGGAGUUCGACGAGGUGA